UUCUUUUCCGUUUCCAGACUGCCCGCCGCGCCACGCAACAGUUUAGGUUAGUUAUUAGUGAUUUUCAUCGUACACAUAUACAAUUUUGAUAAAUAUUUUGAUGGAAGGAAAGCAAAAAGACUAGACAGCACCUUUCAAAUCCAAAUCCUAUCCGAAACAAUUCGACAUUGGACGAGAAGAUAUCGCAAGGAGGUUUCUCUCAAGUAAUCCUGGGACAGUUUGUCUGAAUGAAGUAGUAAAUGGAUGAGUUCUGCGGGUAAGACGAGUGCGUGGAACAAUUACCAGAAAACAUCGAGAAGGGUUCCCUAUGGAGCAGCGCCGAGUAAAUGAAUUGUAAGGAAGCAUCGCACGGAAGGGAGUGAUGAAAAGGAAUCGAAAGAAACUGCAAGCAAUACACUUGGUCUACUACGCAUUCUAAUGGCAUCCUAAACGAAAUCAAUCGCGUGUACCAUUCUUUUAUUUCCAUUUUUUAUUUCAACUUUAGAUUUUUUUCUGUUUUCGCACAAUUGGAAACGGAAGUUAAAAAACGACAAACUUUUAUCGAGGAGAAUAAAAAUACUAAUCGCGAAUUAAAUAUAAUAAACAUAAACGCAUAUUAGCAUAGAGAAACCUAAACGUUCCAAACCGACUAAGAAAAGCGGAUUUUACUUUCAUAGUGCAAACGAAUUUUUGCCAAUUUUUCCGGAUUUGUAUUAUUCAUUUUGUUACUACGAACGAACUUGUAAUUUACGUUAACUUCCAAAACUGCAUUAUUUUCUGAUUUGAUUGAUUCUACGGCACCGCGGACGCUUUCUUAUACAAUAUUCCAGAAGCGAUCAUAAUGCGUAUGACACAAGAUAUGGAGGAUGAUGAGAAGGGAAAACUAUUUGUUGGAGGGCUCUCAUGGGAAACAACACAGGAGAGCCUUCAGCGAUACUUCAGUCGUUUUGGUGAAGUUAUUGACUGUGUUGUGAUGAAAAAUAAUGAGACAGGACGAUCGCGUGGCUUCGGUUUUGUUACCUUUUCCGAUCCCACAAAUGUUGCCCAUGUACUGCAGAGUGGUCCACAUACUUUAGAUGGAAGAACAAUUGAUCCGAAACAGUGUAAUCCGCGAACGUUGCAGAAACCCAAAAAAGGUGGUAACUUCCCGAAAGUCUUUCUUGGCGGCUUACCAUCAAACGUUACGGAAACAGAUUUGCGUGCAUUCUUUGGUCGUUAUGGGAAAGUAAUGGAAGUUGUUAUCAUGUACGAUCAGGAGAAAAAGAAAUCACGCGGUUUCGGCUUCCUAUCGUUCGAAGAUGAGACAUCUGUUGAGCGCGUCACCAGCGAACAUUAUGUAAAUUUGCAUGGGAAGCAGGUUGAAAUCAAGAAAGCAGAACCCCGUGACGGACCCAAUGCAAAUAAAAUGGGUGCAGAUAUGAAUCAGUGGGGGCAUCCACAAGGUGCUCCGCUAGGUAUGAUGCAACAGGGUCCCAAUGGUCAAAUGAGCGGACCGCCAAUGAAUAUGGCGGCAAUGGGCGCCCCAAAUAUGAUGCAAGGUUAUCAAGGUUGGGGUACAUCACAACAACAAAGUUACGGGUAUGGAACGCCAAACGCGCCCAAUUCAUAUCAAGGUUGGGGUGCUCCACCUGGCCCUCAAGGUCCGCCUCCGCAUCAGUGGAGUAAUUAUGCGGCAGCACAACAAACGCAAGGAUAUGGAAGUUAUGAUAUGUACAACUCAACGACUGGCCCGAAUGCCGCAUCGGCCGGAGCCAACUGGAAUACUUGGAAUAUUCCACCAAAUUCGGCUAGCGCUGGAGCUGCUGGUGAGAUGUAUUCACGUGGUGGCAACGCAUGUGGCAAUUUAAGCAGCCAAACAGGAACCGGAACAAGCGGUAUUAAUGUAACUGUCGGUCCCGGUGGUUGCGGCUCAGCAGCUGGUAGUGGCGGCGGUAAUCGUAGUCUAGGAGGUGGUCCGCCAACAGGUAUUGUAGGUCCAGGUGAUGUAGGUGGUAGUAAUGUUACUGGCGGUCGCGUUAGUGCAAGCGGGGCUACUGGGGCUAUUGUUGGUGUCGGACCUGGCGGCAAUAGUGCGGCACAAGGACAAACACCAAAACCACCCGGCGGAGUGCAAGAUUACGGCGGAGGGUAUGGACCUACAUACAGCAAUUUCCAGUAGGAGAGUAGAAGGAAAGCCAGCUGACUUUGGUUCAAUUUUAAAUCCUUAAGAUCUUUCAUUUAUCAAUGUUCCAUAAAAGUACAGAUAGCAAAGUAUUUGGACAUAAAUUUUCGUAAAAAAUUUAAUGUUGUUAAUGUUACUGACUUGCCUUUUAGCAAAUCUGAUUCAAGUCAUUUUCCUCCCAAGAAUCGGUUCAACAACAAAAAAAAAGUAACUUUUUAUUGCCAAGGAGGAUAGGUGAAGAGUUUUGUCUGUGUUAAUAGUAAAUAUAGAUGUAAUUACUGAAAGAAAGCUGUUUAACUAAAAAUCCUUACAAAAAAACAUAAGUAUAAGUUUCAAUAUUUUGAUAAUGUAAGCGUAAGAAUAUUGUUGAGGGAAUUUUUUAAGAUUUACAUAUUAAAAUCCACACAUCUAAUAGCUUUAAUUCGGCUAGAACGUGAUUCUUACAAUGUAUCCUUUGUAAUUUUGAUUGGAAUAAGUAAUUUCACAUUGUAAAAUAUAUAUGCCUAAAGUAAAUCUCAUUUUUUGUUAUCUGAUUAGUUAUCACAAGUUAGGAAACGAAUAGUAACAGAAGAAAUAAUAACUCUUGUUAUCAUGUACAUCAAUAUUAUAUUAUCUUCGAAAGGUAUCUAUUAUUUCAAAAAAAAAAAACCAGACACGUUAUAAAAAAAUCUAUACAAAUUUAAGAGAAGGAGAUCAAAUGUUAUCGAAGAAAAUAGUGAAAUUUAUAGUUAAAUCCAAAGUAGGGGAAAACACAGAAGUGUGAACUUCAAAUGCGUUCCAUAUUUCCAAAAAAAAUAAAAAUAGAAAAACCAAAAAAUAUAAGCGAGAGAAAGAAGAAUAAAAUACACAGACUGACUUUAAAAUUUAAGAGUAAUAAGUUUUUAAUAUGGUAUUGAAAAGAAGAAAACGAAUUAAAACUAUAUUAUGGCUUAUUUUAGUUCUUAAUAUGUACACAAAUAUUUGUAUAUGGAAGCCUUUAAUGUUUUCAUGAUCUUUCUGAUCAAUAAAUUGAAAAAACAAAAAAAAAUGCAUUAAAUCGAAAUAAGCGAACAAGUUCAAUUCAAUUCCUCUAACUUUGCUAUUAUAAAUGGAAUAUUGUUCUUGAAAUCAGAUACUUAUAAACAUCUAUUGUUCAGAAAGUACGAUUCGGUUUCUGUUUCUCGGUUCAGGCUAUUUUUAAUUAUUCUGAGAAAAAUUUUACUCCUAAUUUUUAACGGCUAAUGCGGUAGUUAGUGAUGAUAAUACU